UAUACUGUUGCAUGGUGCUCUUCGGAGAGGCGAAUUUCUUUACCGAAUGUGGUUAUUUAUAACCACUAAAACGUCUUCCCACUAAAGUAUCGAAUUUAAGUUAAAGGUAUAACGAUGAACGGUAAAUCGGCGAACGGCACAGCGGGCGGAACACUGGCCUUCAUUGAGGGUCUACCCCCACUGCCGAAGAGCCUAAGCGGCUUGCUGAAUUCAAGCGGCGGGUCUUGGAGAGAGAUGGAAAGGAUGUAUGCUAAGAAAACCAUGAUCCAAGACGACCUUAGUCGUGGGCGAAACAAUUCCGACAAUCUGCUUGCGAAUAAACCGGCCAACCUUGAUGCGGCUUUAGCACUCCUCCAAAAAGAAAUGGUGGGGUUGCGUCAGCAGGAUAUGUCUUUGCUGUGUCAGCUCUGGUCCCUCCACGAGUCAAUCCAGGAGUACAAGGGCAGCUGCCACGACCUCAGCGCCGGGCACGGGAUAGAGAAUGGCUACUUUGAUGAAGAUGAUGAAUACUACCAGGAGACGAGCACAACACCAACUGACCAACCGGAGGGAAGUGAGGCGACAUCUCCCAAAAACGGGACUAGCAAGGACUCCUGGCUAGGAGACUCUUUCCACAUCACCAUCUGAGAGACUCAAGAGCUGAGCUCCUCGACUCCACACGUUUGAGGCAAUAUGCUUUUUUUAAUAAAAGAGCUGUGCCAUGCAUUGUUUUGCUGGCUUAUAGUACUUUUUCAGCAGACCUUUUCAUACAAAUAUAUAAACAAAAGGUUCAUUAUUUAUUAUAAAUUAUAUGGUCUUUUCUCUUACUAUGGACAUUUUGAGUUCAGUUUUUUUUAAAUGACUUGUUGUGAGUACUUCCAAGCUCUGUCAACACCAUGUUUACAGGGUUGAAAUCCCAGAGACUGGGAAGGUCUUAAUUAGCAAAAGGGAUGGGAUACCUGUCCCUGCAAUCAGUGAGUGAGGAAAUCAACUUUUAGAUGGCAUGUAGUGGCAAUGUUGACUGUUAUGGAUUUGUGGUCUGGGGAAUAGGCUAGAGAAAUGUGAAAAAGUAUUAAAAUGCUGGAAACGCUUGCUUCUGGAAUGGUUUUAUACUGGGGUAAGUAAGCAUGUGCUUCUUUGAAGCCCUAUGGUGUGCUUAAUUUCAUAUUGUGCUGUGGCUCUUCAUACCUUUUCAGUUAACAGUUCUUCAAUGACACUAGAUUGUCGACUUAAGUACAGUUAUCACCAUUGUUUUCAUUUAACAAAGCAAGACAGGGAACUCAUGAAUUCAUAUAUUGACCCCACUAGGACAUGCAUUUAGUGCACGUAUGGCAAUUGUGUCCAUUACGGUGUUCUGUAGCCAACUGACACCAAGUCUGCACUCGCAACAUUUAGCUGCAUAGACUGCUCAUCAAAAUAAUAUAGGCUAGGAAGUUAAUUCUAGAAGUGAAAUUUUGCUUUUGUAUCCAGACUUUUUUUGUUGUGUAAACUGGUCCACAAUUCAUGUGUUUGUGGUACACAAACCAAAGAGUAUAAUUGACGCACCUGGGCUGAAUUGUAAUAGUUUUAGGAAUGAUACUGUGCAAUGUUCUUCUAGAUGCUGCUAGUCAGUUUUAUUUUUCUCCAAUGUUACACAACAUAAUGAAUGUUUUGUAGUACAGGAGGUUGAUCUGUUUAGACAUGAUUUCUUGACUAUGAUUAAUGCCAUUUGACAAUAUACACACCAGAGGAUGACUGGAGGUAAGCUACAGCAAGUUUUCAAAAGGGGGAGUUAAAAGAAAAUGUCCUCGGUAACUCCUAUGCCUCAAUGUGUUAUGUACUGAAUUUUCUACCUCCAGCUUCACCGUAAAUGUAUAUAUUGCUGCCACCAGCCCCACAUUGAAAGUCAGUAUUACAGGAUAGAAGUCUCUUAUUUUUCUGCAUCACACUAAACAGAAAUC